AUGUCAAAAAACGUUAGGUUAAGAAAGGAGUAUCUCUACAGGAAAAACUUGGAAGGUGAUGAGCGUCUUCUCUAUGAGAAGAAGCGGAAGAUUAGGGAAGCCCUGCAAGAAGGAAAGCCGAUUCCUACUGAGCUCCGAAACGAGGAGGCGAAGCUUCGACAGGAAAUUGAUCUUGAAGAUCAAAAUACCGCCGCUCCACGCAGUCAUAUCGAUGAUGAAUAUGCAAACGCAACGGAGAAAAACCCGAAGAUUUUGUUGACAACGUCUAGGGAUCCAAGUUCUACGCUCACCCGAUUCGUGAAGGUCAUUGCUGAGAUUAUUGAAACCGCUCGUUCGCAUGAUUUUACUGAUGUGAUAUUCGUUAAUGAGCAACGAGGUGUGCCUGUUAGUCUUAUUAUCUCUCAUCUCCCAUUUGGACCGACUGCAUCCUUUGGAUUACUCAAUGUGGUAACGAGACAUGAAAUUACAACCAAGAAAGCAAUGGGAAAAAUGUCAGAGCAGUUUCCUCAUCUCAUUUUCAACAACUUUACAAGUCAGUUGGGUAAAAGAGUUUCAAACAUCUUAAAACACAUCUUCCCAGUUCCAAAACCGGACUCAAAACGUAUCGUUACUUUUUCUAAUAAUACUGAUUAUAUCUCAUUCAGGAAUCAUGUCUAUGAUAAAGGAGAGAGAGGUCCGAAAUCGGUUGAGCUUAAAGAACUCGGUCCUCGGUUCGAGUUGCGGCUCUACCAGUUGAAACUAGGAACUGUGGAACAAGAAGAAGCAGAUGUCGAAUGGGUUAUUAGACCGUACAUGAACACUGCUAAAAAGCGCCAAAAAAAUUUAUAUGCCAAGAAAAAGAUAUCUGAGCACCAUAGAAGUGCUAAAGGGAUAACAGCGACAGGGAAAGUGGAUAACACAAAAUACUAUAAUGUUGAAAUAAAUAAAAUACAAACUAUAAUCUCUUUUAGUUUCUCCUCGUCAUCUCAGUUCUGCCUCGUUCAUCUGAUCAUCGCAUCUCGGGGUUUGGGUGUUUUGUUUUUAAUGGCUCGGUUGAUAAUUCCUUGUCGAAGUUCGUCUCUGGCUAGGUUCAACUUUCUGGGUUUGCUCUCUCACGCUCCUGCUCCCGUUAGAAGCGGUUCUCUUCCAUUUCGCAGUUCAGCGAAGAGAGUUGCUCAGUACAGGCCGUUUCUUACUUCCGAGGCUACUUGUUUGAGGAAGAGUCGGUUUCUAUCACAUUCUGUUGAUAGGUAUAAGCAAAAUAGCAGGAGGCUGAUUUGUUCCGUUGCUGCAGAAUCUGUUCCGGAUAAAGUUGAAGAAUCCAAAAUGGAUGCUCCUAAAGAAAUAUUCCUCAAGAACUACACAAAGCCUGAUUACUACUUUGAAACUGUGGAUCUGAGCUUCUCUCUAGGUGAAGAGAAGACAAUUGUUAGCUCUAAAAUUAAGGUUACUCCUCGAGUUAAAGGAUCCUCCGCCGCAUUGGUCUUGGAUGGAAUUGACUUGAAGCUACUUUCAGUCAAGGUUGAGGGGAAGCUUCUAAAGGAAGGGGAUUACCAGUUGGACUCUCGUUAUCUCACUCUGCCUUCACUUCCGGCCGCGGAGUCCUUUGUUUUGGAAAUUGAUACUGAGAUUUACCCUCACAAGAAUACGUCACUUGAUGGGCUCUACAAGUCAUCUGGGAACUUUUGCACACAGUGUGAAGCAGAGGGUUUCCGGAAGAUCACAUUUUACCAGGAUCGUCCUGAUAUCAUGGCAAAGUACACAUGCCGCGUGGAAGCUGACAAGUCACUUUAUCCUGUGUUAUUGUCCAAUGGAAAUCUCAUUUCUCAAGGAGAUACAGAGGGAGGUCGGCACUAUGCCUUGUGGGAAGAUCCAUUCAAGAAACCGUGCUAUCUAUUUGCUCUAGUGGCUGGACAACUAGCGAGCAGAGAUGAUACAUUCACCACGCGCUCUGGUAGGCAGGUGUCUCUUAAAAUCUGGACUCCUGCAGAAGAUCUACCAAAGACUGCUCAUGCAAUGUAUUCUCUGAAGGCGGCCAUGAAGUGGGAUGAGGAUGUGUUUGGCCUUGAGUAUGACCUGGAUCUCUUCAACAUUGUUGCCGUUCCAGAUUUUAACAUGGGAGCCAUGGAGAACAAGAGUUUAAAUAUUUUUAAUUCCAAGCUUGUCCUGGCAUCUCCAGAAACUGCAACAGACGCAGAUUAUGCUGCAAUUCUGGGAGUUAUUGGUCAUGAAUACUUCCACAAUUGGACAGGCAACAGGGUGACAUGCCGUGACUGGUUCCAACUCAGUCUAAAGGAAGGACUUACUGUCUUCCGUGACCAGGAGUUUUCAUCUGACAUGGGAAGCCGUACUGUAAAGCGAAUUGCUGAUGUUUCAAAGCUGAGGAUCUAUCAAUUUCCGCAGGAUGCUGGUCCUAUGGCACAUCCUGUUCGUCCACAUUCAUACAUCAAGGGAGCUGAGGUUGUGAGGAUGUACAAAACUCUGCUAGGAAGUCAAGGGUUCCGAAAGGGAAUGGAUCUCUAUUUUAAGAGACAUGAUGAGCAAGCCGUGACUUGUGAAGACUUCUUUGCUGCUAUGCGUGAUGCAAACAAUGCAGAUUUUGCUAAUUUCUUGCAAUGGUACUCUCAAGCUGGAACGCCAGUUGUCAAAGUGGCCUCCUCUUACGAUGCUGAAGCUCGUACCUUCUCUUUGAAAUUCAGUCAGGAGACACCCCCGACUCCAUGCCAGCCAACAAAAGAACCAACAUUUAUUCCAGUAGUGGUUGGUCUUCUAGACUCAAGUGGGAAAGACAUUACACUUUCCUCUGUUUAUCAUGAUGGUACACCGCAAGCCAUUUCAAGCAGCAGCACAAUUCUUCGAGUGACUAAGAAAGAAGAAGAGUUUGUGUUCUCUGAUAUAUCAGAAAGACCUGUUCCAUCCCUAUUUAGGGGAUUCAGUGCCCCAGUUCGCGUUGAGACUGAUCUCUCCAGUGAUGAUCUUUUCUUCCUCCUAGCCCAUGAUUCAGAUGAAUUCAAUCGGUGGGAGGCAGGUCAGGUUCUGGCAAGGAAGCUCAUGCUGAACUUAGUUUCUGACUUCCAGCAAAAUAAACCGUUGGUUCUAAACCCAAAAUUCGUGCAAGGUCUCGGCAGCGUGCUUUCUGACUCGAGCUUGGACAAGGAAUUUAUAGCCAAAGCAAUAAUAAUGCCUGGGGAGGGAGAGAUAAUGGACAUGAUGGCCGUGGCGGAUCCCGAUGCUGUUCAUGCUGUUCGAGAGUUUGUCAGAAAACAGCUUGCAUCUGAACUUAAAGCUGAGUUUCUAAAGAUAGUCGAGAACAAUAGAAGCACUGAAGCUUAUGUCUUUGACCACCCAAACAUGGCGAGGCGUGCUUUAAAGAAUGUAGCGCUAGCUUACCUUGCAUCUCUCGAGGAUCCAGAGUUUGUGGAACUUGCAUUGAGUGAAUACAAGACGGCCACCAAUUUGACCGACCAGUUUGCUGCUUUGGUUUCUCUUUCCCAAAACCCGGGUAAAACCCGUGACGACGUUCUUGCUGACUUCUAUGACAAGUGGCAGGACGAUUACUUGGUUGUUAAUAAAUGGUUCCUCCUUCAAGCAACGUCUGACAUUCCUGGCAACGUGGAGAAUGUCAAGAAGCUUGUGGAUCAUCCAGCUUUUGAUCUGCGCAAUCCGAACAAGGCAAGGUUCUGUGGUUCUGUGGUGAAUUUCCAUGCCAAAGAUGGAUCGGGUUACAAGUUCUUGGGCGACAUUGUUGUCCAGUUAGACAAAUUGAAUCCUCAGGUUGCGUCUCGUAUGGUGUCUGCCUUUUCGAGGUGGAAGCGGUACGAUGAAUCCCGGCAAGCUCUAGCCAAGGCGCAAUUGGAGAUGAUAAUGUCAGCAAACGGAUUGUCUGAGAAUGUGUUUGAGAUUGCCUCCAAGAGUUUGGCUGGUUGAGAGAGAGACGUUAAGAGUCCUUUUAAAGACGUUAACUAUUUUUAGUUAAUGAAAUAAGCAAAUGGGUUAUAUAAUAAAGUAUCACAGAUUGUUUUAACCUGUUAGUUUUUACUUUUUAUAAUGAACUCGUGCAUUAUUUAUAUAAUCUGCCAACAGUGGCAAAGUCGUCAUCAUGCGAUGCCUGUUGUUUAUUGACAUAUCAAAUAAUGAAUCUCACUGUGCCGAUAUCACAAAUCUUAUCGGCAUCAAGCAAGAAUUGGCAUCUCAGGCUAUCCUCCCAAGAUUUUGUCUACCUAUCGAAUCAACACAUUUGAUAAUAAAUGUAAAGUAUGGUCAUAAUGAGAUUAACUAGAGAAGCACAC